GGGGGCGGGGGAGCGGCUGGCCGCUGUGAGCAGCUAUUACCGCGAAAGGCCACCUUGGCAGCGACGGCCCGGGAGGGAGGUGAAUGUCGGCCUGGUUGUCUGCACUCCCGGGCGAGAGAGUGAAAGAAAAGUGAAGAGAGUGUGAGCCCGCGUCGUUGCUUCGCACUCUAGCCGCUCUCCCUCCCCGACGCGCCCCGUUUGUUUGGAUUUAAUCUUCAGGUUGCCGGCUCCCCCCGCCCGCCAGCCUCGCGGAGUGAGGGGACGCACCCGCGCCUGUGGCUGGCGCCUACCGAGUCUGGACACUCGCCCGUCCGCGCCUCUUGCCCGCGGCAGCCGCAUCGCUGAACCGCGGGGUCGUGUUUGUGUUUGAUCCGCGGGCGCCGGCUGCGGGGCGCGCGGCCGAGGCCAGUGCCAGCGGGGUGCGGCGGGCCCGGCGGAGGCGGAGGAAGAGGGAGCGGGAUCCCUAGGAGGCCCGGCGCCGCCAUGGAACUGGGCCCGGAGCCCCCGCACCGCCGCCGCCUGCUCUUCGCCUGCAGCCCCCCGUCCGCACCGCAGCCCGUCGUGAAGGCGCUGUUCGGCACGCCAGCCGCCGGGGGCCUGUCGCCUGUCACCAACCUGACGGUCACCAUGGACCAGCUGCAGGGACUGGGCAGUGAGUAUGAACAACCCAUGGAGGUGAAAAACAGCAGUCUGCAGAGAAUGGGCUCCUCCGAAUCAACUGAUUCAGGCUUCUGUCUGGAUUCUCCUGGGCCCUUGGAUAGUAAAGAAAACCUUGAAAAUCCCACGAGGAGAAUAAAUUCCCUACCUCAGAAGCUCUUGGGUUGUAGCCCAGCUCUGAAGAGGAGCCAUUCUGAUUCUCUUGACCAUGAUGUCUUUCAGCUGAUUGACCAGGAUGAGAACAAGGAAAAUCUUUCCUCAAAUGAAAGAGAUGGCAGCGAACCAGGGAAUUCCAUUCCUUUUAUGCCCCAGUCACCUGUGACUCCCACUUUGUCUGAUGAGGAUGAUGGCUUCAUGGAUCUUCUUGAUGGAGACAAUUUGAAGAAUGAUGAAGAGACACCGUCCUGCAUGGCCAGCCUCUGGACAGCUCCCCUUGUCAUGAGAAGAACUACGAACCUAGGCAAUCGCUGCAAGCUGUUUGACUCCCCUUCCGCGUCGAGUAGCUCUACCAUCCGGUCAAUGUUGAAAAGACCAGACCGAUCACUAGAGGAGUCCCCAGGUGGAAACAGGAAGCGGAGGAAAAGCGUGGCUGGGGCCAGUCCGGAAGAGGCAGCUAGUCCAGAGAAGCCCCAGGAGAUUCUACAUCAUCAGUCUUUAUCCCUAGCAUCUUCCCCAAAAGGGACCAUUGAGAACAUUUUGGAUAAUGACCCACGGGACCUUAUAGGAGACUUCUCCAAGGGUUACCUCUUUCAUACCGUUGCUGGAAAGCAUCAGGAUUUAAAAUACAUCUCUCCAGAAAUUAUCGCAUCUGUUUUGAAUGGCAAGUUUGCCAACCUCAUUAAAGAGUUUGUCAUCAUCGACUGCCGAUACCCAUAUGAAUAUGAGGGAGGCCACAUCAAGGGUGCAGUGAACUUGCACAUGGAAGAGGAGGUUGAGGAGUUCUUACUCAAGAAGCCCAUUGUACCUGCGGAUGGCAAACGUGUUAUCGUGGUGUUCCACUGCGAGUUUUCUUCUGAGCGAGGCCCUCGCAUGUGCCGAUACGUGAGAGAGAGGGAUCGGCUUGGUAACGAGUACCCCAAACUCCACUACCCAGAGCUGUAUGUCCUGAAGGGCGGAUACAAGGAGUUCUUCCUGAAAUGCCAGUCUCACUGCGAGCCCCCCAGCUACCGGCCCAUGCACCACGAGGACUUUAAAGAAGACCUGAAGAAAUUCCGCACCAAGAGCCGGACCUGGGCCGGCGAGAAGAGCAAGAGGGAGAUGUACAGCCGCCUGAAGAAGCUCUGAGGCCUCGUGGCCAGGCGGCGGCAGCCUCCCCGCCCUCCCUACUCCCCUCUUUGCUGCAGAGGAACUUGAGCAAAGGGGCCAGCGGCACAACACUUGAAGAGAAGGGCGGAGGCCUCCACGUCUUAAGCCUACCUCCCACCCUCCCGAGUUGGAGCCCGGAGCUUCCUGCCGCCUCUCCGUCCCUGGAAGACGUCCUUCUUCAGCAGGGCGCUCAGCCAAGGCUGUCACAUGCCGCAGCAGGGUUCCAAGCAGGAAGUCAAGGCGUUCUGCCUCCUCCUCCCCCAUGGUUGGAUGGGCCUCCUGCAGCCUUGCUGGGCACUGGUCUUGUCUCCUGAGGGGAGAGACGGAGAGAAGACUGCCAGACACUGCUGGCCAGACACCAAAGACGGCCCGGGAAGCACAGGUCUUUGUGGGCUAGCCCACAUCAUUAAUUUAUUCAACUUCACCAAUCACUUUCUUUUCUUUCUUUUUUUUUAAAAAAUCAACUUCUGGAGACUUUUAUUUAAUUGCUUCUUUCAGUUAGAAUACUGCCAUCCUAGGUAGGAUUUUAUCAUCCCGGGGACUACCUCUGCCUUUCAUUUUUAAAGAAAAAAAGAAUAAAGGAGGGGGAAGAAAAGGGACAGAAGUUGUGGGACAGAGAACGAGGGGCUCUGUCUGUCUCCCCUGGGAGGCGCUGCAGUACUGGGACCGCUGCUAUUUACAGCCAAGGACUGAGACGCUGGUGGGAGCAGGCACUGGACUCAGCUUGGCUUUAGGACAUAAGCUAAAUCUCCCAGACCUACCUCGAAGGCCCCUGAGACCUACUGGGGGGGAGUGACCCUGCUCUUCCUCACCCCAGCUCCCUGUGAUGUCACUGGGCAAGAGUCACGAUCAGGAAAGCACUGGAGGCAGCUUCUGUGGGGCCACCCCCAAGUCAGUGUUGGAACGUAUAGAAUAGGCAUCCCAGUGUCGGGGGGCAAGGAAGGGGGGCUCUGUGGGAUAAGGGAAGGGAGUAUACUUUUGAGUAUCUUCCUUCAUUACUCUGAUACUCUUUGACAGCUUCUGGUUUUUUUUUUUUAAAAAAAAAUAGCCCUUUUAUGAGUCAAGGAGUAUGGAAUCUGGUGGCUGGGCCCCCCAAGGGUGAAGAGAGGGGCUGGAAGCCCCGGGUAUUAGAAAGGAGUGGGUGCUGGCAGAGAUGACUACAGAGUGUGUUUCUCAGGAGACAGCAGCGUGGUGGGUUUUGAAGGUAAAACUUUGAGUUUAUCAUGUUUUAAUUUGAGGGGCGGGGAGAGAUGGGUCAUCACCAGUUGCCCCUCAUCUCACCCCACCGAAGUGGGGAUCUCAAAGGAACACCUCCCAAGGAGCUGGGGCUGAGUGGAUUGAUUGCAGACAGGGCUGUUUGGUGCCUGCUCAUCCCCACCCUUAGGUACUGGCUUUCUCACCAUCUCUGCUCCACUGGGGUGUUGCCAAGUUUUUCUUAUAUUCAAGAGUCAGUCUCCCUUCUUGCCUCAGCUUCCUUUUCUGAGGGUGGGGAGGAAAUCAGUGAUACUGGAGAUGACUGGUUGCGAUGUUAUGGGUUUGAGUUGCUUUUGACUUACAUAAAACAAUCUUGUUAGAAAAAGUAUAUGGUGAGGAGGGGAGCAGGAGAAGGCCUCUACCCCACACACACACACUGAGACCCAUCUGAAUUGGUCUCCAAUCUUGUUUGUAGGGAUUCUGUUGGUUGAAUGCCUGGAAAGGGAGAUGGGAUGGCUUUCAGAUCAUACCAGCUCAGCUAGCAUUGCUAACCAACUGUUGCAGGCUCUGAAAAUAAAAACAAUCUUGAACCCAUGCUCUCUGCCUGCUUCAUGAUGGAUUUAAAGGGAACUGUGAGUCUCUAAAGACCUGGGACCACACCUGGCUAAAAGCACUGGCUAGAGUCAGCGACAUUUUCUCAAGAUGCCAAAGAGCUGUCAUGUGGCCUGACAUCAGGGUUAGCCAGAUGAACUUCAGUUACUCCCCGAGUCCAAAAGCAAACUUGUGAUUCAGAUUGAUUGACAAAAUGAAUCAGGGAUAGGAAAAGCCUGCCUGGACCUCUUGACAUUCCCUG